CCCGGCAGCCACGCGGACUGGGCUCCUUCGCCCGGCGGCGGCGCCUCGGUCGUCACGUCCGAUGGCUUCAGAACGAAAGACGGCUUCCGAACUGCAAAAAGUAAAAAGAAGAGGCGAAUCACGAGGUAUGAUGCACAGCUGAUCCUGGAGAAUAACUCCGGGAUUCCCAAAUUGACUCUUCGUAGGCGUCACGAUAGCAGCAGCAAGACAAACGACCAAGAGAGCGAUGGCACGAGUUCUUCAAAAAUAAGCAUCAAGUUAAGUAAAGACCACGAAAACGAUAAUAAUCUGUAUGUAGCAAAGCUCAAUAAUGGGUUUAACUCAGGGUCGGGCAGCAGCUCCACAAAGCUAAAGAUCCAGCUGAAGCGGGACGAGGAGGGUCGGGGGCCGUGCUCGGAGGGGCUCCACGAGAACGGACUGUGCUGCAGCGACCCCCUCUCGCUGCUGGAGUCCCGCAUGGAAGUGGACGACUACAGCCAGUACGAGGAGGAGAGCACGGAUGAGCCCUCCUCCUCGGAGGGCGACGAGGAGGACGAGGACUACGAGGAGGACUUCGAGGACGACUUCAUUCCUCUUCCUCCAGCCAAGCGCCUGCGGCUGAUAGUCGGGAAGGACUCCAUAGACAUUGACAUUUCUUCCCGGAGAAGAGAAGACCAGUCCUUGAGGCUCAACGCAUAAGCUCUUGGGCUCAGUCUGGCCUGGGAAACCUCCUUUAAAGAAAUAAAAACAAAUUCCAGUCAGUUAUUCCUCACCCGAGACGUUCUAGCGGCCGCACUUCCCUUCUCUCUCCACUUAGCAGCGUCAUACUGUAGAAAGUGUACAGCGCACUGACUCUCCCCAAGUCUGAUUUGUGCAAAUUUUUAUUGUACUUUUUAAAUAGCCUUCUUAACGUGCAAUUCUGAGUUAGAGGGAAAGCCCCGUUGUAAAAUAAAGGCUCAAGCAAAAUUGUACAGUGAUAGCAACUUUCCACACGGGACGUUGAAAACAAUAAUGUGGCUACACAAUUUUCUUGUCCUUUUUCUUUCUUUCUUUUCUUUUCUUUUUUUUUUUUAAACCAAGAGCAUCAACUGGCUCUUUAAUAUAUGACUAAAAAAUAAUUUAAAACAAAUCAUAGUAGCAGCAUAUUAAGGUUUUCUAGUAUAUGCUAACAUCACCAGCAAUGAUCUUUGGCUUUUUGAUUUCUUUGCUAGAUGUCUCCCCCUCGGAGUCCUGUCGGUUUCACACUGUUUGCUGGCCCAGGUGUACUGUGUGUGGCCUUGCUUAAAAGAGCAAACCAUCGGUUGGGAGUCAAAUUGGUUUCUUUAAAAAAAAAAAAAAAAAAGUACAAUUACACGCGUGACCGCUAACUUUUCAGUACAUUAUAUGUACGAGGGUAGCAGUGUGCAGGAUGAGUUCCAAUUCAGCGUAUUUAUUGCUUGUCAUGUAAAUUAAAGACCUUGUAUUUAACACUUUUCAAUCCUUUUAGAUAAAAUUGUUCUUUGCAAGAAUGAUUGGUGCUUAUUUUUUCAAAACUUUGCUGUGAACAAUGUGAUGACAACAAGCAACAUUUAUCUAAUGAACUACAGCUCUCUUAAUUUGGGUCUUCAAGGUUUCUGUUGCACUUGUAAAAUGCUACAAGGAAUAUUAAAAACUCUAUUCACUUUAACUUAUAAUAGUUUAUGAAAUAAAAACAUGAGUCACAGCUUUUGUUCUGUGGUAACCUAUAAAAAUGUUUGUCUUUGAAAUUCAAUGUAAAGAACUGAAAACAAUGUAUAUGUUGUAAAUAUUUGUGUGUUGUGAGAAAUUUUUGUCAUAAGAAAUUAAAAGAACUUACCAGGAAGGUUUUUAAGUUUAGAAAUAUUCAUGCCAAUAAAAUAGGAAAUUAUAAAAUAUAUAGUUUUAAGCACUGCAUCAGUGGGAGUUCUUGGCUUAUGUUAGUUUAUGUAUGAAAAUAUCAAAGAUUUUUUGACUAUAUUAUCAGUUAAGCGAAAAGAGGAGUCAGAUUUAAUUUGUUUUUUUUUUUGAAGCACUUUGAGAAGAGAAAUUAAUUUUAAGUAACUUAAUGAGCAAAUUUUUGAUUACUACUUUAUGUUCAAUACCAACCUUUCAUUUCUCUGGAUUAUUUUACAAAUCAUUGGACAAAGAAUUUGGGAAUAUAAAGCUGUAGCAGGUGUUUGACGCCAGUGGGUCUCUAUUUCUGGGAAAUGUGUACAUGUACUUUCAGAUACACGGCGUUCCUGAGUAAAAUCGAUUUAGGGGAUUCGUGUAGUGUCUAUCGAAAAGUAGCCCAUGUCUUAAGAUAGUGAAAGGAAUCUGCCCGUGACGAAAAGUCCAGUGGAGAAAACCUCAAUGCUUACUGUUGUUCCCAGGUGAUUCCUGCCGGUUUCCAGGUUCUGGGGACACCCUUUAAAUUGAGUCCCAUGAAACGAUUGCCAGUAGGGGUUCCACAUAGAAAUUAAGAAUAUUCAUAAAAGUGUUGGCAACGUAGAGUUUUUGUUUCUCCUCACGUUCUUCAAGGAGUUACUUGUGUGGUCUUAAUGUCGCCUCAUUCCCGUCUGUCCCGUGCAGGUCAGCCCCUUGGGUAGUGGUGUGGCGGCCCCCGUCCCCCGCUCCGCAUGUGGUUCUCCCCCUCGCGAAGCAGGACGGCCCCCCCGGGCUCUGUCCCGAGGCCCUCGGAGCGCAUUGCGGACCACGUCCAGUCCUCACGUUGUCCCUCGGAGGAGUGUGAGACUCGUGCCAUUAAGGAAGGUCGAGCACAGACUCGGUGUCUGGAAAGUAGCGGAGAGCGGUGGGCCACCUCUUUCACUCCCGGCCUAGCGUGGGGCGUGUCGAAGAGGUUCAGAGCCUCAAUCUCGAACCGUCUCCCGGAAUACCAACAACAGCCAUUUCAGGAAUCUCCAUCUUAAGGAAAAAGUCACAAAAUCCCACAUUUCCCACGUUUCUCCAUUUUUAAGCUUAAUUUUAGUAACUUAUUUAUGUUUGUUAACUUGAUUGCGGCCUCGGCUUUUCGAGACUGACCUUCCCCCGUGGGCCCUAGCAGCGGGGCCCGGGGGCGUCCCCGCCUCGGGAGUCGGGGUGCACAAGCGCUGGGCAGCCGCGGCUGCCGCCUUCCAGGGAAACCUGAUUUCCGUUUUUCCAGGUAGGGGCCUCGGAGCUGCUCGGGCUCCACCGUAGAACUUCACCGUGUGGAAUGGCGAGAGCCACACGCGGGUGACCACUUGGAAGAGGUUGCGUUCCAUACAACUUUGAGCUUGAGCUUAUGCAAUGAUUCGUAAAGAUUCUGGCAUUGUAAGAAUUAGGAAAUGAUCAUAAAAAUACAUGUAAAGUAUUCAAUUUUCAAUCAUUUUUCAAAUUACUGUUUUAAAUUGUUUUGCUGAGUUGUAAUACCUUUGAGAUACAAUGUAUUCCUUGUACUGAAAGAAUGAAAAAAAAAGGACUUUUUCAGCAUUUGAGGUAAGUUCUUUAACGUUUCAUUAAAAACAUUUUUUACAAAUAUUUUGUACAUGCACUUGGAGUAUUGAGGUUAAUCAUUUUAAUAAAUUCGGAAAUUAAAACAA